UGUUCUCUUUUCAAAUUCUAUGAAGUUUUUCUGAACAAAAAAAAAAGUAGACGUUUUUUUUAUACAAGAAGAGAUAAACGUUUUAUAAGUUUUUGAAGUUUGGAAGUAUGGCAUCGACUUUUAGAUCAUCCACGAGGACGAUUCUUGUAUUAGGUGUAUUGAUUUUGUGUUCGGUUUCUUCUGUCCAAAGCUGGAGCAAAGAAGGCCAUAUUCUUACAUGUAGAAUUGCUCAGAGUCUUUUGGAAGCCGGACCGGCACAUGUAGUAGAGAAUCUAUUACCGGAUUACGUUAAAGGAGAUUUAUCAGCCUUGUGUGUGUGGCCUGACCAGAUCCGACAUUGGUACAAGUACCGUUGGACCAGUCAUCUCCAUUACAUCGACACUCCUGACCAAGCCUGCUCUUACGAUUACUCCAGGGAUUGUCAUGAUCAGCAUGGGUUGAAAGAUAUGUGUGUGGAUGGAGCAAUCCAAAACUUCACGUCACAGCUUCAGCAUUACGGAGAAGGAACGUCUGAUCGUAGAUAUAACAUGACCGAAGCCCUUUUGUUCUUGUCUCAUUUCAUGGGAGAUAUUCAUCAGCCAAUGCAUGUGGGAUUCACAAGUGAUGAAGGGGGGAACACGAUAGAUUUACGUUGGUACAGACAUAAAUCAAAUCUUCAUCAUGUAUGGGACAGAGAGAUCAUUCUCACGGCUCUCAAAGAAUACUACGACAAGAACUUGGAUCUCCUCCAAGAGGAUCUUGUGAAGAACAUCACCAAUGGAUUAUGGCACGACGAUCUAUCUUCGUGGACAGACUGCAACGAUCUUAUCGCUUGUCCACACAAGUAUGCUUCGGAGAGUAUAGCGUUGGCUUGUAAAUGGGGCUACAAAGGCGUGAAGUCCGGCGAAACCUUAUCAGAGGAAUAUUUCAAUACAAGGUUGCCAAUAUUGAUGAAAAGAAUAGUUCAGGGAGGAGUUAGACUAGCCAUGAUACUAAACCGGGUUUUUAGUGACGAUCAUGCUGGUGUUGUUGCUGCCACUUGAAAUGAACCGGACCAUUCAAAGCCUUUGGAUUAGUAGAUUAUUUGGUCAAUUCACAUAAAUUAAAGAAGUAAGACUCAUUCUUUUCUUUGUAGCUUUUAUCUAUUUGACAGCUCAUGCCUGCGACUGGUUUAUUUACAUGUGUUUGGGAUUAGAUCAUAUGCUAAUUUAAUAAUAUUACUUCAUAUAGUACGAUUGUUUUAUAGAAUAGCUGUUCCAUGGCAUUUUUAGUGAGAGUUACUCUUAUGAAUUCUCUCAAUUUAAAAUUAAAAAAUAAUAAUAAAGAAGCACAAAAGUUAAGUAA